CGACAUUUCGAUAUAAAUAUACUGCACGCAGUAAACAGAGAUUUUAUCGUGUAGUUGAAAAGAGCUGAUUAAAGGUGUUAAACGCGCAUUAAAUAGGCAGUUCGAAGUGCUUGAAUGUCCACAUAACAAUAUUAACUAUUAGAAGUAGCAGAGGCGACCUAAAUUGUUGAAACAUUUUCUAAUUACGCAUUCCGAUCAUGGAUGAGGCGAACAUACAGGACAAGGAGCGGUUCGCGAGCCGCGAGAAUCACUGUGAGAUCGAGCGACGGCGUCGCAACAAGAUGACGGCCUACAUCACGGAACUUUCGGAUAUGGUGCCCACCUGCAGUGCCUUGGCCCGUAAACCGGAUAAAUUAACUAUCCUUCGCAUGGCAGUGGCUCACAUGAAGGCCCUUAGGGGGACAGGGAACACUAGCAGUGACGGCACCUACAAACCAUCAUUUUUAACCGAUCAGGAACUUAAGCAUCUUAUCCUGGAGGCGGCGGAUGGCUUUCUUUUUGUUGUGUCCUGCGAUUCGGGACGUGUAAUCUACGUGUCUGACUCUGUCACUCCGGUGCUGAACUACACCCAGAGCGAUUGGUAUGGUACCAGCUUGUAUGAGCACAUUCAUCCCGACGAUCGCGAAAAGAUCCGAGAACAGUUGUCCACACAGGAAUCGCAGAACGCUGGGCGCAUCCUGGAUCUCAAAUCUGGAACAGUUAAAAAGGAAGGUCACCAGUCAAGUAUGAGACUGAGUAUGGGUGCUCGUCGGGGCUUCAUCUGCCGCAUGCGUGUGGGAAAUGUUAACUCCGACUCCAUGGUUUCCGGGCAUCUAAAUCGUCUGAAGCAGCGAAACUCGCUGGGGCCGUCCAGGGAUGGAUCUAAUUAUGCUGUCGUCCAUUGCACUGGUUACAUCAAGAACUGGCCGCCCACUGACAUGUUCCCUAACAUGCAUAUGGAGCGGGAUGUUGACGACAUGAGCUCGCACUGUUGCCUAGUAGCUAUUGGACGCCUUCAGGUUACCUCCACGGCCGCCAACGACAUGAGUGGAUCCAAUAAUCAGAGUGAGUUUAUAACACGCCACGCUAUGGAUGGAAAGUUUACAUUUGUGGAUCAGAGGGUACUGAAUAUUUUGGGUUAUACACCGACGGAAUUGCUUGGGAAGAUUUGCUAUGAUUUCUUCCACCCAGAGGACCAGAGCCACAUGAAGGAAAGCUUCGAUCAGGUCUUGAAGCAGAAGGGUCAGAUGUUUUCUCUUUUAUACAGAGCUAGGGCUAAGAAUGCUGAGUAUGUCUGGCUGCGCACUCAAGCUUACGCCUUCCUGAAUCCGUACACUGACGAAGUAGAGUACAUUGUGUGCACCAAUAGCUCAGGGAAGACCAUGCACGGUGCUCCCUUGGAUGCAGCGGCUGCUCAUACGCCAGAGCAAGUGCAGCAACAACAGCAGGAGCAGCAUGUGUAUGUUCAAGCAGCACCCGGAGUGGAUUACGCCAGGAGAGAGCUCACUCCUGCAGGUAGCGCUACCAACGAUGGCAUGUACCAGACACAUAUGCUGGCCAUGCAGGCCCCCACGCCCCAACAGCAACAGCAGCAGCAACAACAGCAACAGAGGCCAGGAUCAGCCCAAACUACGCCCGUAGGUUACACCUACGAUACCACGCAUUCACCAUACAGUGCUGGCGGCGGAGGACCCUCCCCGUUGGCCAAAAUCCCUAAGUCGGGUACCUCACCGACACCUGUGGCUCCCAAUUCCUGGGCCGCACUGCGUCCCCAGCAACAACAACAACAGCAGCCGGUGACUGAAGGCUAUCAAUACCAACAAACAAGCCCGGCCCGGUCCCCAAGUGGACCAACUUACACCCAAUUGAGUGCCGGCAACGGAAACCGACAGCAGCCACAGCCAGGAGCAUAUCAGGCGGCUCCCCCGCCACCACCGCCCAAUGCGCCGGGCAUGUGGGAUUGGCAGCAGGCCGGUGGCCACCCACACCCUGCGCAUCCUACGGCACAUCCGCACCAUCCACACGCUCAUCCUGGAGGACCGGCCGUUGCAGGCCAGCCGCAGGGCCAGGAGUUCUCCGACAUGCUUCAGAUGUUGGACCACAGUGCGCCGACAACUUUCGAGGAUCUGAACAUCAAUAUGUUUAGCACCCCAUUCGAGUAAUCCAGAAUUAUUUUUCUGUCCAUUUUCCUCCUAUUUUCUGCCCCACUGUCUCUCUUAAUCACUUCUCAAGUGCAAUCCAUCAGAAAAUUGUUGAAAUAAUUCAGCCAAACGCAUGCAAAUUGUAAUCUCGUAAAUAGCAUUUUAAGUACAUAACGGUAGUCACGUACACGAUUCUGAUAUCUUUAUUUUUGAGACCCUAAUCUUUUCCACAGCUCUGCCCCGUCCCCUCCCAUUUUACAACUUACCCGUGCAAAGUAUUUACAUAUUAAGUUUUACGAUUGCUUGUCGUAAUAAAAGGGAAUGUAUACAUUGCUAUAUAGCCCAUGAAUUCUAAACUUUCUCAUCGAUUCUAUAGGAUUAGGUUUAUGUGUGACGACACGCUUCAUGCUGUAUUUCACUUGUAUUUCUCAUCAAGCAAAUUUCAAUGUUCAUGCAACGUACAUAUACAUAUAUAAAUAUACAAUUCAUAGUAUAAUAAACAAAUAGAUAAUUGUAAGAAGCCACAAUUGCACCACUUCCCCAACAGCAACCUUUAACAUUGACACCAUUUCCUAUUAAUUUUGCUCAUUUUGUGCAAAUUAAAUUCGGAGAAUAUGAACAAAAAAAACGUAAUAUACAUAUACACACAAAUUUGCUUCAUGUGCAGCUUUCAUUUUUGUUUUAAUUGCAUUUUAUGCAGCGAAAACGAAAACUUGUAAGCUCAAUACAGUGGCGCUAUAAAUUAAAUCGCCGCAUAAUCGCGCACAACGAUACAAGACCCCCAUUCAUUCAAUCCCAAGUUCAAACAUAAAACUAGUUAAUUAAGCUUUACUCCAAGAACAAAAUUUUAAACAAAUCUUUAGUCGCUAAGUUCCACUUUUUGUAAUUAAGCUGCAACAACGAUGAUAAUGCUUACAUUUUUGGGUAUUGAGAGAAAAAUUUCGGUUUUUAAUGGAAAUAAACUUAAUGUCCUACAAACUA